AUGCUUGAGGAGAUUAGGGUCAGGGAGUAUGAGAAACUUGAGAGUAGGAUCAGGGAUUAUGAGAAACUAGAGCUUAGGGUCAGGGAUUAUGAGAAACUGGAGAUUAGGGUUAAGGAAUAUGAGGAAAUGGAGAGGAGGUUUCAGGAGUAUGAGAAACUUGAGAGUAGGGUCAGGGAUUAUGAGAAACUGGAGAUUAGGGAAGCUGCGCCUUUGGAGAUGCUGAUCAAGAAUCUGAAGAAAGACCUGGAAGAGGUGUCACAGCAGCGCAACAGGCUCCACCAGCAGCUGAGGAACACCCAGGAGCACAGAGGGAAGCUGCGGUAA